AUGCGCGCAAAUUCUUCCUCCAACAACAAGGACCGAGAGUCAGCCAACAUGGCCGACCUGGGGAAGAAGUACUGCGUGAACUGCUUAGCAGACGUGACCAAUCUCCGGCUCCGCUGCACCGAUUGUCCCGAUAUCGAGUUGUGUCCCGAGUGCUUCUCGGCGGGCGCAGAGAUCGGGAACCACCGGAGAUGGCACGGCUACCAGCAGGUCGACGGUGGUCGCUUCUCCCUCUGGGGUCCCGAAGCCGAGGGAGGAUGGACGAGCAGGGAAGAGCAGUCGCUCCUCGAUGCUAUCGAACAGUUUGGCUUCGGAAACUGGGAGGACAUGGCCGCUCACGUCGGAGCCGGUCGCACUCCUCAGGAAGUCAUGGAUCACUACGUUACCAUGUACAUCCACGGCAACCUGGGUAAGGCCUGCAUCUCCGACAGCAUUCCCAACCGAGUCACGGACCACACGUGCCCCGGCGGGGGGGCGCUGUCGCCCAGCUUGACCGUCCCGCUGCCUCCUCUGGACAUCAGCUCGGCCGAGCAGCAGCAACUGGGCUACAUGCCGCUGCGGGACGACUACGAAAUCGAAUUCGACCAGGACGCCGAGAAGCUGAUCAGCGGGCUCUCGGUCAACUACGACGACGAGGACGUUGAGAUUGAGAUGAAGCGCGCCCACGUGGACAUGUAUGUGCGGAAGCUACGCGAGCGGCAGAGGAGGAAGAACAUCGCCCGGGACUACGGCCUGGUGCCCGUUUUCCUGGGUCGGGACAAGAAAGAGACGAGGGACAAGUUGCCGGGUUCCACCAACGUGCCCGGAGCUGUCGCGACGGUGGCGACCUCGUGCCCGCCGGUUCCCACAACUCCAAAACGAAAGAUCAACAAGGAAGAGAAAGAACAACGGGUGCGCCUGCGGGGGCUCUGCCAGUUCAUGGCCCACCGAGAAGUCGAGGAGCUUUUCGAAAACAUGCACAAGGAGCGCGCGCUCAGGGCUAAGGUGAGGGAGCUGCAACGCUGCCGCCGCAACGGCAUCGCCCGCCUGGACGAGGCGGCCGAAUACGAAGCGGCGCGCCAUAAACGGGAGAAACGCAAGGAAAACAAGAGCGUGGCGCUCUCCAAGCGGGGUGGCGCUCUCAACUCCGGGACCACGCCGGCCGGCCCCGUCAAAGAAGAAAGCAAAGAGGGCGAGUUCGCCGCAAUCGAGAACCUGACGGGCUUCGAGCUGCUGUCCGACCGCGAGAAGCUGCUGUGCAGCUCCCUCAACCUUAGCCCCGCGCGCUACCUGACAGUCAAAACCAUCAUUAUCAAAGACCACCUGCAGAAGAGGCAAGGCGUUCCAUCCAAGAGCCGGCUACCCAGCUACUUGGACAAAGUCCUUAGGAAACGGAUCGUCGGCUUCCUCACCGAGAGCGGCUGGAUAUCCAGAGACGCUGUUUAG